UCUGUUCACAUUUAAAAGACGCGGCUCAGCUGAAGCUGAUUGUUUAUCUUGGCUCGCCUGAAGUGCAGUCCGUGAACAGCAACACGUUUGCUAUGCAUUGCGCAUGCGCUUAAAAGUAUUCUUUGUGGCUGGCUACGUGGGUGGGCCAGUUGUGUAAAAGGACAAACUGCCAAAGGACAUUGAAACGCGCACGUAUUAUUCAACAGUCGAGCAGUGAAAAAUGCACAGCUAAGCGCGAAAAACACACAAGAAAUAAAAAUAAAUACAAAAUUAUAUAUAAAAUGAACUUCACAAGCUAAGCAAUUGAAAACAGCGCGUUGAAUACUAAACAUAUCCACGAGUGACACAAUACACAUCAAACGAAAACGAGCUUUGCAUUUGUUUAAACAAUUAGUGGCAAUAUACACGAAAAAUAUUAAUUAUACAAGACCUAACGAAUUAGAGCAACAUGUCAACCGUUUCCUCCAGUAACUCAAGCGGCGAUGAGCCCAACAAAAGGCCCGGUGUCAACAGCGAGGAGAGCUCCCACCUGCUGGAGGCCACUGAGAACGGUGCCAAAUAUGGUUCCCGGCAAGCGGUAAAAAUCAUCAAGACCCCAGUCAAUGACAGUGCCAAUGCCAAUGACAGACCUCAAGAUCAGGAAAAUCUACUUGGCAAAAUGGUGCACACGUCCACCGAGAAUCGGGCGAAUACCUUUCCGCAAUAUGUUGCUGCUCUGGCCGCAGCUGGCGGUGCUUUUGCAGCCGGUACCCUGCUCGGCUGGACUUCACCGGCGGAGACGGAAAUCGUUAAGGAUGGCACUGCGUAUGACUUUGAUGUGAGCAGCGAGCAGUACUCGUGGGUCAGUUCGUUUAUGACCCUUGGUGCUGCCUGCGUGUGCAUUCCGAUUGGCUUUCUCAUCAAUUUCAUUGGACGCAAAUGGACCAUGCUGCUACUGGUCAUACCCUUCGUAUUGGGCUGGGCCCUGCUGAUCUGGGCACAGAGCGUGAUCAUGAUGUACAUUGCACGCUUCAUUCUGGGUAUCGCUGGCGGUGCCUUCUGCGUAACUGCGCCCAUGUACACUGGUGAAAUUGCCCAAAAGGAUAUUCGCGGCACACUUGGCAGCUUCUUUCAACUGAUGAUCACCAUCGGUAUACUGUUCGUGUACGGAAUCGGUGCGGGUCUCGACGUCAAUAAGAUGAGCAUCGUGUGCGGCAUUAUACCCAUUAUCUUUGGCGUUAUAUUCUUCUUCAUGCCCGAAUCUCCCACAUAUUUGGUUUCAAAGAAUCGCUCAGAGUCCGCCGUGAAAUCUAUUCAAUGGCUGCGAGGCACGGAAUACGAUUAUAGAGCAGAAUUGGAGGAACUGCAUCAAACCGAUCGUGAAAUCCGCCAAAACAAAGUGAACAUCUUGGCAGCCUUGGCCCGUCCCGUUACCAUCAAGGCAUUGUGCAUUAGCUUGGGCCUGAUGUUCUUCCAGCAGCUGAGCGGUAUUAACGCUGUCAUUUUCUACUCGGAAGCUAUCUUUGAGGAUGCCAACACUGGAAUAAGCUCCAGCAUGUCUACGAUUCUGAUUGGUGUGAUGCAGGUCGUCGCCACCUUUGUAUCCACAAUGGUGGUGGAUAAGUUGGGACGUCGCAUUCUGUUGCUCGCCUCGGGAGCAGUCAUGGCGCUGUCAACCACCGCAAUUGGCGUGUACUUUUAUAUGAAAGAUAAGAAUGCGGGCAGUGUUGAAAAUUUGGGCUGGCUGCCUGUGGCAAGUUUGUGCAUUUUCAUGAUCAUGUUCUCGAUUGGCUACGGCCCGGUGCCAUGGCUGAUGAUGGGCGAGCUUUUUGCCACCGACAUCAAGGGCUUUGCCGGCUCUAUUGCGGGCACCACCAACUGGGUGCUCGCCUUCAUAGUGACAAAGACGUUUAAGAAUCUUAAUGACGCGCUGGGCAGUGGCGGCACCUUCUGGUUAUUCGCUGGCGUUACUGUUGUUGGCGUAAUCUUCGUCGCCUUGGCUGUGCCCGAGACGAAGGGCAAGAGUCUGAACGAGAUUCAAAUGGAAUUGGGUGGCAAUCGGCAGCCAUCCACAAUGCAGCCAGCGAAUAGUGAACCCAAGUAAAUCAUCUUCAGCUCUGUUAAAUUUUACGAUUUUUUUAUUAUAUUUAAAUGUAACUUUAUGUUAAGUGAAGAGUCAAGUUCCGUAUUGCAAUUGAUGAAUUUGUUAAAAAUUUAAUGUGUAAAAUCAGUUACAUUGGCACCGCUAAAAGAUGUGAAGACAGAAAGACAGUAACGAAGAAAGAGUACUAAGAAUGAAGACUGAAGGUCAAGUGCAUAAUAAGCAGCUAUAUUAGGGCUCUCUUGAAUUCAACCACUCCAGGCUCAGCCUCAGGCCAUACUAUCGCAACUAUCGCAAGUUAUGUUAACUGCUACCUUCGAGUGGUCCAUAGAAAAGACAAUAGAUAUCAACAGUAAUCAUAUAAUUCAUAGGCAAAAGCACCAGGUAUUACACAAUAAAGAUAACUCAUAAAAUGAUUGUGUAGCCUGGCUUGGUAUAUGUUUAUUUAGAUAUAUCGAAACUGGUUCCGUGUGUUAUUCGAAACAUUCAGUUUUUUUUGUUUUACAUAAGCAUUUUUAGCCUGUUUAGUUUUAAGCCAACAUAUUUAUUUACUAAACGGUUUUAUAACAUUUUAUACAUAUAUUAUUAUUUGAUAUCAGACAUUUGAAUCGCAAGCAUUACAAAAUAAAAUUAUUCACUCGCGAUCGCUACUUAU